AUGUCUCAAGUAAUUACUGUUUUUCCAGGCGGAGAAUUCUUUAGUGGAAGCACAGAUGCUUUUAAAGAACGUGCACUUGCAUAUUUCAAUGAAUUUUAUGACUAUACAAAUAAAUGGCAAAAAAUUAUUGAGGUAUUAAACCAUAAUUUAUGUUUUGUUGACGAUGGAGCAUUCGACUUAUCUUGGAAAGAAGAUAUUGAACGCUUAAGCAACGAUAAAGCUUUUCACGACAAAGUUAUGAUAAAUCAUGACUUUUCGGAUGUUCAUGAACCGUUGAAAAGCUUCUUCGAGGACUCUGUAAAACUAACAUUAGACAGAUCACAGACGAGAGAACCCUUAAGUACUAAGAAAUAUACACAAUUAGCUGCAAAAACAGACGAAGACAAAGCACAAGAAGUUCUUUUAUUCACAAAUGCUGUACAAACACUAUUCUCAACAAUUUACAAUCUUUCAUCACCGAUUUUCGAAGAUUUUCCCCCUCAUAAACAAGCUUUAGAAUUAUUAAGCCAUUUAAAGCCAUUUGAGAAGAUUCCUUUGAACAAAGACAUAAUAAAUCUUGUAGAUGUAGGUGCAGGACGUGGUUAUCUCUCAAUUUUCCUUUCAGAUAUUUUGAAAAUUCAUACAACACCGAUAGAAGCAUCAAUAAACCAUUCGAGACAACUACUAGAGAGAAUAGAAAUGCAUGCCAAGUCUCACAGAAUCAAUAUUGAUAACUUUUCUCGUAUGAAAUUAUGUUGUGGCUUUGUUACAAGUCAUUCUACAGUUCCAGGCAUUCUUUCGAGUGCUGUAUCAUAUGAGAAAUGGGCUUCCACACUUCUCAACAUGUACAAAGACAAGCUUGGCUCAUAUUCAAAAUAUCUUUUGCCAAAUGGCAUCAAAGAAGAGCCAUUGACCCCAGAAAUCUUUUAUGGCGAACAAAACGGAAAGCCUCGCAUCAUCCAAGGUGAGCUUGCCGUUGAAAUUAAAGAUGGAGAAUAUGAUUUAUCCGAAAAAGAAGUUUUUCUCGUUUCUAUCCAUGCCUGUGGUGAUCUUAGUGUUGUUUCCCAUGAGAUUGCGCUUUCAAAUCAAAAAUGCCGCGGAUCAAUCACAGUUCCAUGCUGUUUCCAACAUUUGUCCAAAGGAAAUUGUCCGCUAUAUGAAGUGAACAAGCGGUUGAACCAUUCUUUCUUCAAAGAUGAUGAUGUCAGAAGAAAAGAUUUCCUGAAUCACGCUUUAUCUACUUACGAUGUUACAUUUGAGAAGCGGAAAGAGAUCAUUGAUGGAUUUGUUCCUCGUGAGAUUGUUUCCGCAUUUGUUCCUCCGAGACAAAGUGUCAAAAAGAUACAAAAACUCGAAGGAGAAACAGAAGUACAAAGAAUCAUCAGAAUUGCGAAUAUGUUCGAUCUCCAUCCAACAGAGAAAGAAGUGGAAGAAAGGAUUGCCUUCACGUACAGAGAAGUCUGGAGAUUGGAGGCACAACAGAUAUUCAGAGAAUUCUUUGGCCACGCAUUUGAAUCUUUCAUUUUGAUUGAUAGACUUCAACAUUUCGUGGAAUUGACAGAGAAAAAUGGACAAAAGUUUGUAAUAGGAAUGUUUGAUUCAAUGGCUCCUGUUAGUCCUAGAGCUUUCAUGCAGUUCACAUUAAGAAUCGACUAA